UGGCGUUGCAGCAGCAGCAGCAGGGAAAGGGAAAGAGGCAAAGCGCACAGCGGGGACUUGGGCAGCAGCAGCCUCAGCCUCAGCAGCAGGUCUUCCCAGGAGGACUGCGCCGUCGCCCCCGUUGCAGGAGAAGGCAAGACCCCGAGCGGAGUCCCUCUCCGGCAGCGCAGCCCCAGCGCCGGAGCCAGGUUCCCCUGAAGGGCCGCGGAGAAGUUCCCCGGGAAGUCCGGGGAAGAAAGGGGACCUCCACCUUCUCCUGCUCUUUGCUUCUUCGCCCUCCUCCUCCUCCUCUCCUCUCCUCUUCUCCUUCCUCUUCUUCUCUCCUUCUUCCUCUUCCUCUUCUCCCCUUAACUUGCUCUUCUUCCUCUCCUCCUUCUCCUCCUCUUCCUCUCUUCUACUUCUUCCUCCCUUGAGGCGCCAGGAGGAGGCGGGAACCGGGGCCCAGGCCGGGAAAGAGCCGAAGGGACGCCUCUCUGCCCGGACCUGAAGGCGCCCGGACUGCCUGCCAGGAAGGAGCCGGGGCCGCCUUCUCCGGGGCCCAACUGGGGCUUUUCUCUCCCCCUCCAGACCCGGCUGCGGGCGUCCUCCAAAAGCCCCACCUCCGACCGGCGCUGCCCCUCGGGCUCCUGGCCGCCGGGCUCCAGGCGGAGUUGGCUCCACUUGGCCGAGUUUGGGCGCCGAAGAAGACUGCCUCCCUCAGAGCCAGCCCAGGGCAAGGGACUCUCAGUCCACGGCGCACGACGAGGGAGGAGGGCUCUGAGGAGCACCCGACCGCCCGCCUGGGCAAUGCUCCUUUCUUUCCCGCUUUCCCUCAAGGCUUGAAGGGCAACGUGGCGGCACCCGCUGGAAGAGCAUCAUUCCGAAGACUUGGGCGAGUGGCAAGUGACUGUCGAGCCCAUGAGGCGCAGCUGAGGGGCCUGAGAAGUCGAGGGGCUUCUGCCACCCACAUAAGAAGGGCCCUUUCUUUCCCGCCCCUCCUCAAGGCUCGAGGGGCAACUUGGCAGCCGCUGGAAGAGUAGCCCCCAGAGACCGUCUGCUCCAUGAGGCGCAAGGGAAGGCUCUGAGAGGAGGCCAGGCUUGGUCGCGGGGCUCCUGCCGCCCCCCCCCGCCAGAGACAGAGGAGGCUUCCCCCCACUAGGCCUCCCUUCUUCUGCCCAGGCCCCGGGGGUGCCCCUGCCCCCCUGCCAUGUGGAGGGCUGCUGGGGGGUCGGGGUCGGCGCUGGCGCUGGCGGUGCUGCUGGGGCUGGCGGCGGAGGGGGCCCGGGCCAGCGGGGAGUACUGCCACGGCUGGCAGGAGGGGGCUUCCUGGCGGGAAGGCUUCCAGUGCCCGGAGCACUUCGACGACAACGACGCCACCAUCUGCUGCGGGACCUGCGCCCUCCGCUACUGCUGCGCCCGCCCGGAGGCCCGCCUGGACCAGGGCCUCUGCCAGAACGACCGCCAGCAAGGAGCGGCCGAGCCAGGGCGGCCCGACCUGAAGGAUGGCACCGAGGGCGCCGCAGUGCCUAUUUACGUGCCAUUCCUUAUCGUUGGGUCUGUUUUUGUCGCAUUCAUCAUCUUGGGCUCUCUCGUAGCAGCGUGUUGCUGCCGAUGCCUGCGACCCAAGCAAGAGCCACAACAGAGCCGAGCUCCUGGAGGGAAUCGGAUAAUGGAGACCAUUCCCAUGAUUCCAAGUGCCAGCACCUCCCGAGGAUCCUCCUCUCGUCAGUCAAGCACUGCUGCCAGCUCCAGCUCAAGUGCCAACUCAGGUGCCCGGGGCCCUCCAACCAGGUCACAAACCAACUGCUGUUUACCAGAAGGGACCAUGAACAACGUAUAUGUCAACAUGCCUACUAAUUUUUCAGUACUGAACUGCCAGCAGGCUACACAAAUAGUCCCACACCAAGGCCAGUAUUUGCAUCCACAGUAUGUGGGAUACGCUGUCCAGCAUGACUCUAUUCCCAUGGCCCCUGUGCCAAGUUUUCUGGAUGGUCUGCAAAGUGGAUACAGGCCAAUUCAGUCUCCUUACCCCCACAGCAAUAGUGAACAGAAGAUGUAUCCAGCAGUAACUGUCUAGCUUUUGAAGAAGCACUGGGGUGAUGGGAAGGGCAAAGGAACCACACAGACACGCAAACAAAAAACAUUACCACAAAAGACUGAACAGAGGAGUAAAAAUGCUUUGGGGAGGCAAACGUUUGCUGAGCAUAAUUUGUAAAUAAUUCUGAAAGGCUCAUGUGUGCCAGACAGUAUUUAUAAACGGUUUUCUUUUUCUUGGGUUCAGUUGCCAAAAAACUGUAAGACGAUAUCUUAGAAUUAACGUUUCCAGAUAAUGCUUCCAUUCCAGUACAUGAUUUACAGAGGCAACGGAUUAUAUGGGAGAGGCAUCUACAUUUCAGUUAAACAAGUGUGCGAGAGUAAUUAAAUGCCUCAGCCAUUAAGUGCCCUUCAGGUGCUUCACAGUCAGUAGUAUUUGCCUAGUUAAUAGCGAACAUUUCCGUAACACAGUACAGGGUAAUAUUUUAGAAUUGUCUUUUCUUACUUUUUUGCCCUGAGCCUAAAUACAUUUCAUAUUGCUGUACUGACAAUCAGACUGAUGACUGAUAGCUGAACAGUGCAAUCCUUGUUAGUUUCAUAGUCCUAGGGAUGUAAAACUACAGAACAGGAACAUAUCUUAGAGACAGAGCACAGAUCUAGCAUAAAGAAGGUUCCAAAUUCAGUACUGGCUGAGGCUAUUGGGGAGCUCUAGCCCAAACAAGAAUAUGUCUCCCAAAUUCUACAUCCUAAACAUGCCCAGUAUCAGUCACUGUUUUGCAAAACUUUUUCUGUCUCAGCAGUCUUCAAAUCAAAGUGAAUAUGUUGUUUUUGUCCCAACAGUAUACCCCAAAGCCCCAACACCUGUUUUGUAUUUUGAGUUUCACACUGGUUGUGUUUGCUCAUGAAGGUUAUUGCCAGACUCUAAAGCUUAGAAUUUAGAAUUCUAAACCUUAACAUUUGCAAAACAGUGUUCAUGAAAUUUGUUGACUUAAGCUGAGGUGUUUUUUUUUACAGUGUGACUUCAUAGCACAACGUCCUGCUAAAUAUGGCGUGGUUAAAGCAUGGACCCCCUGCCUGUUUUUGAGGCCCUUUGAAUUCCUCAGACUGCCCUUUUUCUGCAAAAAAGAGGCUGAAGUGCCUCCAAAUAGAAGGUCCACCUACUUAAAACAAUGACUGGUCUUCAAUAAUAGCAGUGGACUUCUGACUGUGGUUUUGUAUUAUGAUUUGGGGGCAUUUUGGCAGUCUGUGUAAUCCCCCCCCCAGCAAGUCCCAGGGCAGAAUUUUUUCCUCCAGACCCACCAUAGUUGCUCAUGUCUCAGUUAAAUCCAAAAGACAAAAAGAAGCUCAGACAGUUUAACUUGGACCCCAAGAAACUGAGAUCCAUCUCCAAUACAAAUAAUAAUUGUCAUUCCAAACUUUUAGACAUGGAAAGGCUUGCAGAUCUAGAGCAAGAGCUCCAUAGACUGUUUCAAACAACAACAAAGCAUUAGGAAUGUAUAGUAACAUUUCCUUGGUAGGCAGAGCUCUGUGUCUUUAUAGACUUCUCUCUCUGGGUAAAAUAAUUACUUGGUUAGCAAAAAGUUCCACAUGUGAUGCAGAGGUUUUGCAGGAAGUUAAGAUCUUCAGGGGAAUGGCCAUGACUUAAAGGAUGAUAUUGCUUUAUACCCAGUUGAUUCCUUCUAUCAUUUGCUAUGUUUCCAGUAAUUCUUUUAAAAGAAACAGGUCUGUGUUAAUCACUAAUGCAUUACAUGGUUCAAAAAUGCAACACUCUGGGAAUUACCCUCUUAUUUUAUAAAGAAUAUCUGUAUGCAGCAAUAAAUCCAAUCUGUUUCUGUUUAUUGAAGCUUGACACUUGUACAUUAACACUGUGCAAAUGCCCUGUUUUUCUUCUCAAAAUCAUAAUUACACAGAAAACGAAUACUCUUGAAUAAUGAAACUGGAAUGCAGCUAUUACACCAGUAUUCUGAUCUAGAGAUCUUCAUGUACUCUUUAAUAUCUCCGGGUAGCUCUUUCAUGUGUGUAUAAGAGCUUUUGCACCCAUAAUAAUUCAUUGGAUUAGGGCACCUGUCUGCAUCUGUUGGCCGUCAUCUUCAAAGUGCUGCAGUACCUCUAGAUCAUUUGUCAAAAGGGUUUCUUUGCAGUCACCUUGUUUUGUUUGAUUAGUAAUGUCUAGGUCUUGGCUUGAGUGGUGCUGCUUCAAACGUCUUGCAGAAAAUGGAUCAAUAUGCAGUUACAACUUGAAAAGAAACUGAUGGUGCUGAGGAGCUCACUGAAUUGGGCCCACUGUUUUUCUGCUAGAAGGUGAGCUCAGAAACUGAUGCUAGCCUUUUCUAUUUGAACAUAAAGCAAGUGCAGUCAUAUACGCAAUUACCCAGGAAUAAAUCCUAUUGAAUUCAAUAGACUUACUUCUGAGUUGACAUGCAUAGGAUUGCACUAUUCUGUCUUUUCUAGAAUUCAUAGUAUUCAUUGCACAUGCCCUUUUACUUUUAUGGAAAUCAGGUGAAUUUAUUUACUUGUUUUUAAAAUAAGUUAAAUUGAAAUUAUGUAGAAAUUAAUUUACAGGAAAUGGGGGGAAAUGCUUUGAGCUGUAAUAAAAAGAGUUUGUGACAUGUGGUGUUUUAUAUGUCAUGUACAAUAAUGUAAAACCAAUGUUAAUGUUUGGUAUAAUUUUUUAAAAUUUCUUAAAGGGUACUUGAGUGAUUCCUACAAGUGAAGAAAAAAAGAUUUUUUUGUUUCAUAAUAAAUAUUUUAUGGUGUGAUCUUUUUGUCUGUGAGGUUUUUGUUACUCACUUCUCAUUUGUUUUAGUUUUUGUGUUGAGUGUUUUAGGUUCAGACAGGACACAAGGAAGCCAAAAUUAAGCACAAAUAAAUCCUGUUGAUUUUAAUGGUAGUAAUGGAAAGAUUUGCCUAAAUUGUACUUUGAAAUAAAUGGGAAUUUAAAAAUU